GCCGGUUUUUGUUGUGUCCGAGCACAGAGACGACGAGAAACAGCUGCUGUCCACACAAACAAACAAACACACACAAGCAAGCCAUUCCCCCCGACUGCUGUCUCGUCUUGCGCGUCAGCCACCCUCCCUUCGUUCUGCCACAUACACGCUGAGGGAAGAAUCAACUCCACAUCAUCAUCAUCAUCAUCCAACCUCCCCGCUGCCGCCACCAUGCAAGAGGCCGCACAUGUGCCCAACCCAGAGCGCGACGCCAUCACAUGCGCUGUCAUUGAGGACCCCGUGCUCUAUCAAUCAAAGUAUUAUGAACGCCACACGUUUGAAGAAUGGUUCACACGUCUGAACGGCACGGUGCCUGAGCCGGAGGAAAUCCCUGCAGAGGAGAGGGAGCGCAUCAUGCGGGAGCGAGAGGCCCACAGCGAGCUUGCCCUUGAUGCACAGAAUGGCCUGGACCUUAUCAUCCCGCCAUCCCUCAAGACGCUCAUCCAGAAGAAGCUCAUUGGCCCGGAGUAUGACGCGCCUGUCGUCAUUGUUGUGGGCAAGGAAAGUGAUGGAAAGUCCCUCACCCUCUCCCGCCUCAUCGUGCGUCCCAUCUUCCCCUUCCGCGACAACAUCUGCACGCUCAUGCCCGUCAAGGUGAAGCUCAAGACGCAAGCCAAGGCCAGCAUCCCAAAGGUCUACGCUGUGGAGAUUCAGCCCGACGGCACGCGCACGCCGGUGUCCACGACUGUCCACAACUACACGGGCACCAACCACGGGAAACCUGCGCCCAUUAUGGAGGACUACGUGCCACUCGAGUUCCUGCAAGAGGCCAUUGAGGAGCGAAUGAUCUUUCUCGUCGACUCGGAGUACCCGCAAAAGCAGCAGCCAGAGGAACCGGAGGGCCCGGGUUUCCUUGGCAAGCACCGCUCGGGUGUGCUUGGCAAGCACCGCUCCAGUAUGCUUGCCAAGAAGAGCGAGUCCCAACCCAAACAGCACCGCAGGCCCGUGUCGAUGCGAUAUGAGGUUGUGGUUGAGCUGAGCGGGCCACACUUCCCCAACAUGACACUGGUUGAUCUCCCAGGCGUUGUCGCCACAGACACGGCAAACGCAAACCUCCCCCGACAAACGAGGGAGCUUGCCCAGCGGUAUCUGCGCGCGCAUGCGGAGAACAGCUUCGUGUGCGCGGUCAUGUCAGUGCAGAGCUCCAUGGCGGCCAACGAUGCUCUGGCCGUCAUUCGCGAGUGCAACAUGCUCUCAAGCAGCAUCGGUGUGCUCAGCAAGACUGACCUGUGCUACCCGCAGGCCGUACACGAGGCACGCUUCGGGAAGCUUCCUGUGGACCUUGGGUACGGGUUGUGCUGUGUCGCCAAUUGCGUCUUGAACGGCGAGCGCCUGGAGAUGAAGACAUUCACGGAGCUGAACCACCGCGAGGAGGCGCAGCUGAACAAGCUCAGGGAAGCCAAGGACGUGUUCAAGCAACAAGAGAAGAUUCGCGCCAUGGAGGAGUGCUUUGGUAUUGACCGCGUCCAGCGCAAGCUUCGCGACAGCUUUGAGACUUACCUGUGCGAGGUGUGGGCGCGCCGCACGCAGCAGGCCCUUCGCCGCUCCCUGCAGGACUUUGAGCGCGGUCUUGACAGGCUUGGCUACCCGUUUGUGCGCUUUGAGGAGGAGGACCAGGUGAUUGCGCGGCGAGAAGCCCUGCAUCAGCAUGAGCCAGAUCUUGGCGCUUCUGAGCGCGGGCAGACGACAAGUGAGGUUGCGCGUGCCGUGCUCGACCACGUGUCCAAGACGCUGCCCACGUUCCGCGUGGACCAGCUCCUCUGCACCGAGCUGCACAAGCGCAUUGUUCGCCUCUUCCGCCGCGUGAACAGAGCCAUGGCCGCUAUUGCUCGGGAGAGGCCCGUUGCCGCCACCGGUGUGCACACCCUCCGCCACACCCUGCAGGCGCACUGGGCCCGCAUCAAGGCCGCGUUUGAGGCAUUUGCGCAGUCACUCCGCACCACCCCGCUCUCGUCCGUGCUCGUGGAGGCGGCGGUGGCCCACCUGCGCAGCGUGGAGUCAGAGGUGAAGAUUAGCCGUUUCUCGUCGCUCAUCACUGCCAUUCGGGAGCAGCUCACCAUGCAGCUGGACACGCACGUGGACCAGAACAUCAACGCCAUUGUGGACGCGUUCAUGCAGGACAGGCUCAAGGAUGUGGAGCAGAUGCUGCGAUUGAAGCUCGUGCCUGCAGGCAUCGCACACGCGCCACGUGCUCACGGAGCGGUGCCUGUCGCGGCGCUGCGAGAAGCCGCACCGGCGGCACCCGCUGCCACUGCUGUUGGCAUCGACGAUGACGACAAUGACGACGAUGAGGAGGAGCAGCAGCAGCAGCAACAGGAGGAGCAGGAAGAGGGAAGUGCUUCUGCGGAUGAUAAUGAGGAGGAAGAAGAGGACGGUGCGGAGUUGUUGUGGGGCGUGCGUGUUGUGGUUGACGGGCAGACGCUUGUGAGCGAUUUGGGCACCAAGCUGACCGCUGUUGGCGAGGAAGUGCAGCAGGUGCUGCGUGAUGCAACCUUUGAGGAGGGCGUUGUUGUGGAGGACGAGGAGGUGACACAGUGCCGCAUCAACACCUUCCGCGACAUCGGUGAUGUGUGUGAAGUGCUGUCUGAGAUCCACGUCGCGCUGGGCGACUAUGAGCAGCGGUGCAGUGAAGCCCGCGCCCGCGCAGCCAACGCAUCCCCGGCUGCCAACGAAACGUCUGCGAUUGAAGGCGACCUCGACUUGCCGCAUGACGACAACAGGACGAAGCUGCUCGCCAUGCGUGACCGCAUCCAGCAGCGGCGUCAGCAGCAACAACGUGCAGAUGCUGAUCCGGGCGACGGUGGGACUCAUGACGAGGACGAGAUGGUGGAUGAGGUGACCAUCGCCACCAACUCGGCAGACACCUUGCGCCGUGCACUCGCCAUCUGCCGCCAGGCCAACUGCGUUCGACAUCUCACGUUGGAGACGUGUGUGCUUGCGGACGUGUUGCGCGAGUUUGGACGCCUCUUCCCUGAAAUGCGCAGGCUGCGCAGUCUUCGUCUGAAGCAGUGCGACCUUUCCGACAAGAACGUGCAGGACACACUUCAUCUCGGCCUCCAGCGCAACACAACCAUGAACACCUUCACGGUGCAAGACUGCGGGCUGGGUGGGCCGUCGUCUAAGCUGCUGCGAAAUAUCGUUUCUGUCAACACCACCCUCGACGAGAUCAUCAUCAAGAUGCCCUCGAGCGAGGCCGGCGAGUACGCGGCGGUGAAGGCAGCGCUGCACGACAACGAUGUGUCUGCACUCGUACGAGCACUGUGCACAACAGAGGAAGUGGCGCAGGGUGUGCUGACCAAGUACGUUGAUGCAGGCAGUCAGUGGGAGGCCGUGUCGGGCGACGUGCGAGGGUGUGCCAAGUGGGGAGAGCGGCUGACGCAGGAGCAGCGGGAGGCGGUGAUGGCUGCUGGCCGCCAACGUGUCCCCAUUGAUCGCCAGAAGCGCAAGGCGUGGCGCGUCGACCACCGCAUCUGCUUCCCCGCAUGAACACACGCACACGUACAUACACAUACAGUGGCACAGAUGCACGUGUUGCGUGAAGGUGUGACUGCUGCGUCCUUGUGUCCGUGUGAGGUGAUGUGUUCUGCAUUCUGGUGCCACUGAGAUAGAUGCACAGGCGCGUGCAUAUCAUCUGUUUGUUGUCUUCCUUGAAUAUUUGUGUGAGGGCUUCUUGCUUUCGUUCAAUGCUUUCCAUGCUUGCUUGCUUGCAUGUAUGCUGUUGUUACACGUUUUGCGAAUACAGCGAACAACUGAAGGAA